UGUAACGGACUGACAGAGAGGUUCAACAAAACACUCGCCGACAUGCUCGCCGUUUUCACAAGCACCAGCCAGAAAGACUGGUGCCAGUAUUUAACUCACGUAACGUUCGCCUACAAUACAGCUCGUCAAGAUACCACUCAGUUUUCUCCAUUCAUGCUUGUCUAUGCAAGAGAAGCAGUCUUACCUACGCAGGCAAAUCUUCUGCAGGAACCGCUGUCAAGCUACGUGUUUGAUAUUAGAGAAAAGGCAUUGGCCGUUAGGAACUGGGCUGUCGAAAAUAUUUAUAAAAAACAAAAUAUUGAUAAAGAAAGAUUCGACGAAAAACAUAGGCACGUUGAGUUCAUGCCUGGGGAAAAAAUAAAAAUAUUUACUCCUAUUAGAAAAGUGGGAAAGAGUGAAAAAUUAUUAUUAAAAUAUUUCGGUCCAUAUACGGUGAUAAGAAAAAUGGGGGAUGUGGAUUACGAGAUUAGAAAAGGCUCGAAAAAAGAAGUUGUACAUGUAAGUCGACUUUUAAAAUAUAAUGAUCCAUGGAGUCCACAGGUGAGUAGCGACAAAUAAACAAUGUUUUCAUUGAUCUACUUUUGCAUCCAUUAUAAUGAGAUAAUUUUGUCGAACUAUAUAAAAGCGUUGGGUGUUAGUUUUUAUUUUAAAUGUAUGCUUUGUUAACGGGGGUUUACGAGAACUUUUCAAACGUGUGAGCCUGCGUGUCGGAAAAAGACAAACAAAUAGUACAAUUUUUAAGUUAAGGUAAAACGAAUUCAAAAUAAAUGUAUUAACAUGGCUUUCCUACAGGCUGUUCGCUAUCUUACUAAUCAGUCAAAAUUCUUGCGUUGGAGGACAAAUAGAAGUGUCGGCAGGAGCAUUCUGGAGGCCCCUUGUGGAGACUUUGAAUUACGAGGCAACCAUACCAAUAAAGUAUACAAUGGCGUGGUUCAAACCACAAACAAACAGUAUGGGCACAUCAAAACAAUGUAGUGGCGAUCACAAUUGCGAGCUGGCGACCGCUAUGCACCAGUUAAUGGAAGCGGUUGACGGCGAGCUGGAACCACAAGAGUCGGAAGAAGGAUGGCAGCUUUUUGAAGAUCAACAGCACAGAGAAAAACGCAGCCUGGAUUUUCUAGGAGAGGGACUGGCUUGGUGUUGCGGCGUUGCAACACAACACAAACUAGACUCGCUGCACAUGGAAGAAAGGGCUUUACAGAAAAAACUUCGACAAUUGGAGAGGAGCCUAUCUGAAAAUAUCAAAACGCUAAGUCAAAAUUCUGUGGAAUUUAAAAAAUAUACAGAUCAGGUCGGGGAGGCUUUUAAAUCCACGGAGAGGAGGAUUAAAGAAAUGGAAAAAGCCAUCACAAAUUUUAGGAACAAGACGAGUGAAUGGGAAGGAUUUUUCGGUACUUUAAUAGAAAAUCAAUUUCAGAAUACUAGACGUAUCGUAACAAUGUGGCGCGCGUUGGAACAAAGGGACGUAAAACUGUCAUGUCGACAACACCAAAUACCAGAAAAGGUGUUGCGGCCCCAACUUUUUCAAGCGAACUUAAUGGAACUUCGAAAGGAAUUAAUCAAAGCAGGUCACGAUUUAGCUAUUGCUGUCACGGAUAUACACAGGUAUUAUCAGUUACCAAUAACAGAUUGUGUAAUUUCAGGAAAUAACAUAACACUGGUAGUACGAGUGCCCAUCGUACAACAGGGCAUUAGGUGGAGUUUGUUUGAGCUCAUAACUGCACCCUUCAGUUGGUACAAUCAGAGUUGCAGAAUAGAGUACAGCACCUUGUUUUUGGCGGUGGCAGAAGCUCCCUACACUAGACACCGGAGGCACAAUUUGUACCGACAAAUUUCUGGUUUGGGGUUGCAUCAGUGCAGGCCGCACUCCGACAAGCUGUGCUUUCUUCCUCGAUUCGGAGAGGAUAAACUUCAUGGGCCUACGUGUGCACGAAAAUUAUAUGAAGGGGCGACAGUGGAGGAAUUAAGUUAUCACUGCCCCAUGAAAUGUCACGCAUCGACAUCGCUUACCAUCACAGAAGUCGAGGAGGAUUUAUUUAUAAUAACAAAUUUAAAGGUUCUGGAACCGGGUCUGGCAACGGGAGACACCUACCAUACAUAAGGCGUUCUUGCUCGAGACAGAACCAGCAUGGGGGGAAAAAAAAAAAAGGCCCUGACAUCACUCUCGCAUACGACGCUCUCGUUCGAGAACCAAGCUUCUACGACGACGAGUUCUCCUUAAAGAAGACUCCAGUUAACAAGACUGGACUCAUAGUGGUUGAGUUUUGCCAAAAAGGAAAUGGUGGUGAACGGGACUUCGGCCAGUAAGCAGGGACGUUAAAAUAGCGCUCAUCAACUGCUGCAAUUAGUAAGAGAGUGCCGCUUGUCGCGAGAGAUUUUAAAAUAGUUGCUUCAAAAGAUAAAUACCUUAAAUCAAUUUUUGUCUUAUUCAAGUGUGUAAAAUGUUGGUAGGGUCUUCCUGGGUAUGUCGACCAGAAGAAUGUAAUUUUGUAUCGUUGAGUAUCUUUUUUAUUGUAGUAAAGUAGGAGUGAAGUCUAAUAUGAUUGUAUAUUUUAUAGGGUUGUGUUUGCAAAAUGGAUAAUUUGUGGCUAUGUACGUUGUAUGCAUUGUAUUAGUUAAGAGAUAUCUGUUUGUAAAACACUGGAGGUCCAGUGUUCCUUAAGGGGGGAGAUGUGUCACGGAACUGCUAGUUGCCCUAGUUAUGUAAAGAUUGCCUCAUGCCAUGCUUGUGGGAUGUCAGCAAAAACCUCUUUUUGCUGGCAUUACGGAAGCUUAGGUGGGGUGAGUGCGGACUGACGAAAGGGGCAGUCGGUACUAACUAGGGACAGGGAGAAGGUAAAGUGAGAGAAGUGAAGUGACGCACCGUGCCCCCUAAGGAUGGAAUUUGUAAUGUAAGUUGAAAUAUAUUUAGUUUAUAAAUGUA